AUGUCAGUAACCAGCCUUCAAUACGAUUCUGAAUUCGCUGAGGCAUUGGCCCUCAUCAAAUCCGGCCGCCCCUCGAUCCCUCCCGAGACAGCUCUCGACAUUCGUCGUAAUAAUCACGCCUUAUUUGCCAAAGUAUUCCCUAAACCACCACCUUCAGAUACCAUCAAGCAGACGGACUGCAGCGUUAAAAGCUACGAUGGUGCGCAGAUCCUUUUGCGUCGUUAUGUCAAAUCAGAUAUCCUCAACGCCAAAGUACCUCAACCCGCAAUCCUAGCAAUCCACGGAGGUGGCUUUGUAUCAGGCGCUGUGGAGAUCUGUGGUGGACUCAACGCAGAAAUGGCACUUCAAACAAGCAGGCCGGUGUUUGCUGUUGACUAUCGUCUUGCACCCGAACAUCCGUUUCCCGCAGCGGUGGAGGACAGCUUCGCAGCGUUAAAGUAUCUCUCAGAGCACGCAGCAGAGCUCAACAUCGAUCCUAAGCGCAUCUGUGUACAGGGAGAGAGUGCAGGCGGUGGAAUAGCCGUGGGAACUGUGCUCAUGGCCAGAGACAGAGAGCUCAAUCCUCCAGUAGCAAAGCUGAUAGCUGUGACUCCUGAGUUGGAUGAUCGAACAUCUCAUCCAGCAGACACAGAGUUUCUCAAGUUCACCACAUGGACACCGCAUCAUAACCAACUAGCCUGGAAAGCAUACGUAGGACAGGACAAAGCUGGUAAGGCAGAGGCAGAUGUUUCACCUUAUGCGGCACCAGCGAGGGCAAAAAGCUACAAGGGACUUCCUUCGACAUACGUUGAUGUCGGCACGCUUGAUUUGUUCCGAGAUGAGGACCUGGAGUUCGUGAAGAGGCUGAUGGAAGAUAACGUCGACGUCGAGUUUCACCUCUGGCCUGGUGUACCUCAUGUAUUUGAGUUCCUGGGACCUGGAACGAGAUGGCAUCAGCGAGCCAAAGAAGCAAGAAAUGACGUACUCAUACGGUUCUAG